AGCCCUGACUGUGUCUACUGGGUCAUAUUUACAUUUUGCUUCAACACGGCUGCGUUAUUUCAGUCUGUGAAGGAAGGCGCUUGUUCAUUCAAAAAACCAACUAUAGUGAAGCCCUUCAUUUAUAAGCAGAAUGACCUCGCCUUUAUCCAUGUUGAAGAAACAAAAGCGCGUUGCUUUACCGGGACCCAGCGGGGCGCUGGGCAGCGAUGCAUAUAGGGGACAGCUGUUCCCAGAAGUCCGAUGUUGUCCACCAGAAGGUCCGCCCAGUGACCUUGAGCUCCUGUCCUCCAUGAUGCAGAGAUUGACUCAGCUUGAAGCGACGGUCAAGAGCCAAGCAAAGGAGCUGGAGAACAAGGAGAAAAAGAUCACAAUUCUGGAGAGAAAAUUAAACCUCACAGAGCCAAAGAAAGUUGUGGCUGACCAAGAGGAUCUUAUGAAGACCUGUCGCCGGCUCCACACUCAAGUGGCUGAAAUGGAGAACUUCCUCAUCGACUACGGUCUGAUGUGGGUGGGAGACGGAGAGGAGGGCGAGGAAACACCCCAGCUGGGGCUGGAGGCAGCGGAGCAGGAACAGUCCCAGGGCACUGAGAGAACCCAAUGGCACCCAGACACCUCUGCAGUCGCCGGCUUCCAGGUGAACUUUGACCUGCUCUUGCAGAACGUCAGGCAGCUCAACCUCCUGGCCGGGGAAGGGGAGUCCUUUGUUCAGCCCACGGCCAUGGGAGCUCAGCUGGCUACAAGGGAACCCAUUCAGCUGCGGCUGUACAGCAACGGCAUCCUGAUGUUCGAGGGCCCUUUCCGCUCGCACCGGGAAGCCAGCACUCAGCGGUGCCUGCAAGAUCUGAUGGAUGGAUAUUUCCCCUCUGAGCUGCAGGAGAGAUACCCUGAAGGAGUGCCUUUCCAAGUCCACGACAACCGACACGAGGAGUUCAUCGACAGGCCACUCUUCUCUGGAAAAGGCCUAGCUGUUGGUGCAGUGAGAAAGACUAUAUCCUCUGUCCCUGGCAGAAAGUUGACCAAGGACCAGUUUCUGAACAGAUUGCCGAAGGUGGUAAUAAAGGGUGGUAAGGUGAUUGAUAUCAGGAGCUCUGUCGAGGCUACACUGCAGGGUUCAUCCAGCGGCCAGAACAGUCCGGUAACCUUCAUAGACACUCCGGCACUGAGGGCUAUGAAUGAGAGGCUGGAGAUACGUGGCUCCGGUAGUCACCCGUCUGCUGAUGACGAUGUGGCUACACUGCGGGUCAAGUCUGAAGACGGCAACCACAGUUACAUUCUGAAAAUGCACAUCUCAGAAACCAUAGGACACCUGCGCAGGUACCUGGAGAAACACAGAGGGAAGGGUGUUCCUGAAUAUGACGUCUUCAGUGUGUUCCCACGGCGCUGUUACAGUGAUGAAACCCUGACACUUGCAUGUUGUGGGCUUACGCCAAGUGCUACUCUGCUGUUGAGACCUCAGAAAGCCUCUUCCCAAAGUACUGAUCCCUCCAAUUCAGCAAAGCUAAAGAUUGCAAAAUGAACCGUCACUGACAAAAACUAUGUUUACGUCCAUGGUGGUCAAAACUACAAGCAAGCUGGAAUUAUGGUUUUCCUACCAGAUUAGUUUUUA